AAGUUGAAGGAAUCCGGUAAAUAUCAGGAGCAGAAGCAAAGCCAGCCAACCAAAGGAACGGAAGAAGAGCUUUCUUCACACACAGGUCAAAUUCAAAGGGGAGAGAGAGAGAGAGAGAGAGAGCUCUCUCCGUUUCUAUAUUUUCUUGUGGACACUUGAUAGAUCUCCGUUCUGCUUUUUCCGAUCAUCGAUGGGAUUAUGGGAAGCUUUUCUCAAUUGGCUUCGAAGAUGUCCUUCACAUUCCUAGCUCACUUUCUUGUAUAUGGACUGCAGCCUCUUUUUCAAGCAGGAGAUGGAGCUUUCCUUGAUUGGACUUCAGAAUGCUGGAAAGACUUCUCUUGUAAAUGUUGUUGCAACGGGUGGAUAUAGUGAAGAUAUGAUUCCUACGGUUGGAUUCAACAUGAGAAAAGUAACAAAGGGGAAUAUCACAAUAAAGUUAUGGGAUCUUGGAGGUCAACCUAGAUUCCGAAGUAUGUGGGAGCGAUAUUGUCGUGCAGUUUCUGCCAUUGUUUAUGUGGUUGAUGCUGCUGAUCCUGAUAAUCUUAGCAUCUCAAGAAGUGAACUUCAUGAUUUGUUAAGCAAACCAUCCUUGAUUGGGAUCCCAUUGAUGGUGCUAGGGAACAAGAUUGACAAACCAGGAGCUCUUUCAAAGCAGGCUUUGACUGAUGAAAUGGGUUUGAAAUCAAUUACUGACAGAGAAGUUUGUUGUUUCAUGAUCUCUUGCAAGAACUCAACCAACAUAGAUUCUGUUAUUGAUUGGCUGGUUAAGCACUCAAAGUCGAAGAGCUAAGUUGUUUUGUGUGUUAUAAUUUAGGUUCCAUUGAGGGCCAUUGAUUCUGAGUUCUGCCUCAUCUAACUUUCUCUCUGUAUUGUUUUAAUCUUCCUUUCUUCUGAGCUGUUUUUACUGUAUGCUAGAUGAUAUUCUUUCGCAUGGCUUGGUAUUCAUGUAUACCUUUCUUUAUGCGAAUCAAGUUUCGUUCUUCUCACAUGUGUUUCUUGGCUUUUUUAACUUUUUGCUUGUAGGGACUUCUCCAGUUCUCAAGGCAUGACAGAGAGAUUCUGCUGCCUUCGUUAUUAUUAUUGUUUUUGUCAAUAAUAUAUCAUAAUAUGAAGUUGAGAGGUAUUCUAUGAGAGAUGUUGGCAACUCUUCAUUUUGUUUUGGAAUAAAGCAUCUUUUAGUCUUUAGUUGCA